AUGGCUACUAGAACAUUCUUCGUCUGUGGUAACUGGAAGAGUGAUGUCAACACUGAUGCGGUAACCACUUUGAUCUCAGCACUGAAUGGCAAGCUGAAGUUUUGCCUGAAGAGUUUUAAGGUUGUGGUCUCCCCUCCGCAAGUGUUCCUUAAUCUCACCCGCUCCUCGUUGCGACGGGAUGUGGAUGUUGCAUCUCAAAAUUUCUGGAUGGAGAUGGAGAAAAAAGGAUGUUACUCAGCUGAAAUCAGUGCUGAGAUGCUUGUCAAUUUGGGCAUUACUUGGGUCAUUGUGGGACAUUCAGAAAGGAGACAACUCUGGGGUGAAUUAGAUGAGUUAGUUGGAGAAAAGGUGGAAUAUGCUCUUUCACAAGGGCUGAAAGUGAUUGCUUGUGUUGGAGAGAAUGUUGAACCAGGAGGAUCAGAUUUAACAACUCAAAUCAAGGCAAUUGUUGAUCAUGUUACAGAUUGGACCAAUGUGGUUUUGGCUUAUCAGCCUGCUGUUGGAGCAAGUUGGAAGGUUGCUACUGAAGUGCACAAAAGAUUGAGGGAGUGGCUUCAUUCUAACAAAACCUCUGCUGUGGCUCAAUCUAUCAGGAUUAUAUAUGCAGGCCUUACAACCAAGUACAAGAAGCUAUCUCGCAAAGAAAAUAUAGAUGGAUUUCUGGUGGGUGAAGGUUCUUUAACGCCCAGGUUCCUGAAGAUUGUCGACCAAGCAGUGAACAAGUAUUAUCCUGGCACUCAAUUCGGGGAACAUGAGGAUCCACUUACAGUUUCAGACAAGAUUUUGAGGGCCCUCCGAGCAGCAAAUGCUAUGAAGAAGGACAAUCCUAACAGUCAUGCUCAAGCUGCAAGGAUAUGGAAAUUGGAGAGAGAGCUCAUCAACAUGGAUGACGUACUAGUUAAAUCCAAAAAAGACAUUAAAACAGUUAAUGAUCUCAGAGCAAGGAAUGACCAUUGGGUAGUCACAAUCCACGUUCAGGGAACAAGACUUAGAUCCACCAUGGUGCCAGCGACUUAUGAACACCUCAUGAAUAGCAACUGGAUAUUUUAA